AUGGCAUUCGUGUUGCACGAAGGUUGUCUUAUCAAAAGCCGCAGCAUCCCGACCACCGUCAAUAUGGCUCGCAGUCCGUCACGCUCGCGCUCCCGUUCGCGCAGCCGCCACGCAGCCGACGACGAACGCGCAGUCCGUCCACCUCAUUGUCGGCCUCUUCCUCCUCUUCACGCUCUCGUUCCCGCUCCAGCUCCCGCAGGGGUCAAGAAGGAGGACACUCCGGAUACCAAGCCAGCUCGAAAGAGGACACUUCUGGUGGACGCUCGCUCCAGUGGACGCACCGGUGGUGUCUACAUCCCGCCGUUUAAGCUAGCGCAGCUGCGAAAAGAGCAAGAGAAGGACCUUGGGCCGUCCUCUGAGGAGAUGCAGCGUCGCACGUGGGACGCACUGCGCAAGAGUCUCAACGGCCUCAUCAACAAGGUGAAUGUAGCCAACCUGAGCAACAUUUUGCCCGAACUCUUCCAGGAAAACCUGGUACGAGCCCGCGGGCUACUGGCCAGAGCUAUAAUGAAGGCGCAACUGGCAUCCCCGGGCUUCACGCACAUCUACGCGGCUCUAGUGGCCGUGAUCAACACUAAAAUGCCCGAGAACGGCGAGCUGCUGGUCAAAAGAGUCGUGUUUCGCUUUCGUCGAGCCUUCAAGAGAGGAGACAAAGUGGUAGCCAUUGCUCUCGUGAGGUUUAUCGCCCACCUCGUCAACCAGCAGGUCGUUCACGAGCUACUGGCGCUCGAGGUGUUGACGUUGCUAUUGGCCAACCCGACCGACGACUCGGUGGAAGUUGCAGUGAAUUUCACGAAGGAAUGUGGACAGCUCCUGGCUGAAUUGUGUCCCGAAGGCCUGCGCGCCAUCUUUGAGCGUUUCCGAGGCAUUCUACACGAAGGAGAGAUCGACAAGAGAGUGCAGUACACGAUCGAAGGGCUGUUCGCUAUCCGCAAAGGCGGAUUCGUAGACUACCCAGCUGUGUACGAACAAUUGGAUCUGGUCGAGUCUGGAGACCAGAUCACACACGAGCUGACGCUGGAGGAUUCGAUUGACUGCGAGGACAAGUUGGACGUAUUCCGCUUCGACCCGGACUAUGAGAAGAACGAAAAGUUGUGGGCGGAGAUUAAGAAGGAGAUCUUGGGAGAGUCCGACUCGGAUGCCGAUUCUUCCAGUGGCAGUGACGACGACGGAGAUGACGAGGAGGAGGAGGAGGAGGAGGGGGAUGGACAGCUAGUACCUGCCGACAACAAUAUGGCGAUCCAGGACUUUACAGAGCAGGAUCUCGUGAAUCUGCGUCGUACGAUCUACCUGACGAUCAUGUCCAGUAUCACACACGAGGAGUGUGCGCACAAGCUGAUGAAGCUCAACAUUCGUCCUGGUCAGGAGAAGGAGAUCUGCUCGAUGCUCCUUGAAUGUUGCAGUCAGGAACGGACCUAUCUGCGCUACUAUGGGCUGCUCAGUGAGCGGUUCUGUCUCAUCAAGCGCGAAUAUCAGGAUGCUUUUGACGAGUGCUUUGCUGAGCAGUACUCGCUGAUUCACCGUCUGGAGACCAACAAGCUUCGCAACGUGGCAAAGCUGUUCGCUCACCUGCUGUUCACAGACGCGCUGCCAUGGACCGUGUUUGAGUACGUUCGCUUGAACGAGGAGGAGACGACGUCAUCCAGCCGUAUUUUCAUCAAGAUUUUGUGCCAGGAGCUCUCGGAGCAUCUCGGCAUGAAGACACUGAAGGAGAGAUUCCUGGACGAGAUCAUGCAGCCGACGUUCGCCGGACUGUUCCCCAAGGACAACCCUCGCAACACGCGCUUUGCCAUCAAUUUCUUCACAUCGAUCGGUCUUGGUGGACUCACGACAGACUUGCGCGAGUAUCUGAAGAAUGCACCGAAGAUGAUCAUGGAACAGGCGAAGGCUGCGGCGGACAUUAGCGACAGUAGCGACUCGGAUUCGGAUUCGGAUUCGAGUGAUAGCAGUAGUAGCAGCAGCAGUUCUUCGGAUUCGGACUCGGAUUCGGACUCCAGCAGCGACUCGUCCGAUUCCGACUAA